AGCUACCAAAAUAAUCGAUGCCUCUUACAAGUAAACCUAUUCAACACCUUCGUUUUUUUUUUUUUCGCGAACUGUUAUCUCUAAUUAUGGUAUUUAAGAUGGGUUGAUUUCGAUGGAGCCAUCUUUUUAAAUUUACAAUACGAACUAAAUUCUACGUCGUCAGAUUGUGCGCGCGCAUUAGAUAUAACAAGCUCACCCAGCGCCCGAAAAGAUCAACACGCCCAAGCACUUGGAUAUAUCAAGUUCAAUAUGGCCAGCAACAAGUUAUCUCCUACCGAUCUUAUUUCAAUUGAGAAAUCUUUUGAAGAUUCCCCUUUUCUCGAGUCAUUUAAAAAUGAGUUGUCGCAGCGCAUAAUAUCCCAAUUUGUCCGACACAUAACAGAGACGGACCAACGUCUUGAGGCGCAGACUGAGGAUACAUCAUCCUACGAUGUUCAAGAAACUGUCCGGCUAGGCCUAGCUUCUCUGGGUGCUUUCUUGCAAACAAAUGUCACAGGUCCAGUACUUGAGAACUAUGAUGCGGUUGAAAUACUUUUCCUCUCAUCUUUCGCCAAGGUGGUCGAUGACGAACAGGCAAACAUAGUCUCAUUUAGGAGACUUUGCUUGAGAUGGCUCGAUGUUGAUGGUGUUUCUCCAUACCCCUAUAUACCUCAUAUCGAACUAUUCUGUUUAUCGCGAUAUAUAUUCACAUCUGGUACUAUUUUACCGACCGAGCUGCCUGGAAUUUGGUCAGAUUCAGAGCAAUCUAUUUCUCUAACUCUUUCCUGGACUCGCCUAAGAAUUCACCUCUGGCAUUAUAAACUUAUUUCCCAACCAUCACUAGGGCCUGGAUCCUUAUUCACCAAAAGUGGCCGUUGGACCGAUGUACCUACUCUUCAGGAAAACAUUGAGAAAACCCUUCUAGAAGCCGAGACUUCUGUUAUUGGACAAGUCGAAUUAGAUCAAGACUCGAAUCAAUCCCAAUGGUCCCGGGAAUCGCGUAUUCAAUUUCGACUAGAAGAGGCGGCUUGUCAUAUACUUCUUGGGAACGACACAAAAGCUCGACGUGCCCUACAAUCAGCCACUGAAACCAGUGGCUUUUCUUAUGCUCUUUCGGGUGCACUGGGAAAACGUACCAAGUUCCAGGAGAAAAGCAUCAGCCAGCUUGUAGUACUCGCCAAGAGUCUAGCAUUAACUUCCACGGAAACCAAUUCCCUGCACAAUUCCGACGUGACACCUGUUGCACUCCCGCUAAAUAACGAUACCCUGUUAGAGAAUAUCAAGUUUAGCGAUGAUCAUUCCGACAAACCAACGUCGGAACUCCCAGCCGCGUUACAUGGCAUUAAACCAGAGGAUCAGCCGCAGCUCCGGCCAGAAGAUCAUAUCAUACUCUUGACAGAAGCCACAAUAAGGGAUACAUUUUCACCUGCUGACUCAUUGACAUCCCAAGAAGUUCUGCCUUAUGCUUCAAGGGUAAUUGAUGAUAAACCAAGCAAUUGGCAAAUAUACACUCAAGCUUUAUUGGUGAGAUCACGAAUUGAGCUGAAUCGAAGUCGAACUGUCGAGCGUGCUGUUUUGCAGAUGCAAGCUGUUGUAGACCAGGUUAUCGUCGAUACACAAGAACAUAUCAACUCAGCCGCAGAGAUCAAUGGGGUCCAAAAUAAACCGGGCACUGAAUCUACUAUUCCUACCAUUCAAAUAACUUCCGACAACCAGUCUGACCACUCUAAUAAUACCCAAAAACCAACGUCAUUCCUCCCAGCUCCUAAGCCCUCUGAAUCUGCAUCUCCACGGGAAAGGCUACAAUAUGUCAAUGCUUUAUCUUCUCCUCCACGUUGGCAUUUAGAAUCUGAGCUCGCCUAUGCUUGGACAACGGUCGGAUCUCUUGUUUCGGCUCUCGAAAUUUUCAAAAGAUUACGUCUUUGGGCAGAAGUUGCACUAUGUUUAGCUAGUAGCGCGGCGACAGAAGAUGAAGAUGGUCGCGGAAGCGGAGGUGAAGAAAAAGCACGAGCUAUUAUACGAUGGAGACUAUUCCGUCGCACCUCUGAUGUCGGCGAUGAUCUCACUUCAAAAGACGACGUCGAUAAUUUAGAUGAUGCUGAGAUUGAUAUUACCUCAUUAAAAGCAUCUAACUUCUAUGGUCUGGAAAGGUCACCAGCGCCUCCAAAUGCCCCGCGGCUAUUUUGCAUAUUAGGGGAUAUCGAGGAUAACCCUCAACAUUAUGAGCGCGCGUGGGAAAUUUCCAACCGACGUUAUGCGAGGGCACAAAGGUCGCUUGGUGAGCUUCACCUUCGAAAGAAGGAAUGGAAAGAAGCUCGAGAUGCAUAUCAGCUUGCUGUUAGUGUCAAUCGUCUAAGCCCGGAAAUGUGGAAUAGGCUCGGUGAUAUUGAAUUGCGUCUCGGAAAUUUCCCCAAUGCUGCUGAAGCCUUCCAGAGAGCCAUUUCAACUGCGAAUAGCAUUUCCGGAGGCGAGGACGCGCGAACUUGGAGUAAUCUUGGAACCUCGCUUCUCAGUUGGUAUCGUCAGAUCAUUUCAGAGACCAAAGCCAAUCAAGAGAAGCUCAAGAAUGACGAGUCCGAUAUCAUUGACGAAAUGGUGGCUACGAAGCGAGCAGCUGAUCUUGGGAAAUCCGCUCAUAAGUUGUUGAGGGACUCCUUGGCAGCUUUUAAACGUGGUGCUACACUUGCUGACUCGAAUUGGAGAAUCUGGGAUAAUGUAAUUACCCUUGCUGCGAGCCUAUCGCCGAAUCCUGAUCUCAACGACGUGGUUUUGGGUAUGAGAAAUAUUAUUCGGAUUCGCAAGACCGAAGAUGCAUUAGAUCUCGACGUCUUGACGCUCUUAGUCAGAGAAGCAACAAAAACGCCUGUUCCUACUAACGGCGAGGGUGGGGUAGAAAUCUAUGAGCCUGCAAGGGGCACCAUCGAAAGCAAGAUCAUCUCGCUCUUUGAGAACGACAUUGUACCCCUCAUCACGACAAAUUCGUCAUUUUGGGCCUUGGUGUCUCGUCUGCGCGCUUGGAGGAAAGAUUGGGCGGGAGCUUUGGAUGCAGCUGAGAAAGCAUGGAGAACGGCAGUGGGCGGGGUUGGAAGUGCACUGUCCGCAUCUAGUGGCACCCAAAGCCAACAGGGAAGUUGGUUGACGGAUGUGGAUUCAUGGGAUGCAGUGGUCCAGAGAACAUCAGAGCUAGUCGCGGCAUAUGAGAAUUACGGGUCACGAAUAGAUAGUAUUGGUGGUAAAUGGAAGGGUAAAGCGAGGAGUGCGGUAAGGAGUGUCAUGGGGAAAGCUAAGGAAUCCUGGGGAGGAGAUAAGAGAUGGCAGACGUUAACGGAUAUGAUGGAAGACUUGAAGUCGUAGAGGGGUUGUCGAUGUUCGUGCCCACCAAUGCUAAUGAUUUUUUCCCAACAAGCGGUCGUUUGAAAAACGUGCUUAGUACCUGGGUAGUCAUUGUGUCGCUAAACACGAAGUUCCCAGGGCAGCUGCAUACCGUAUGAUGAUUACACUUGAGCAAUUGG